UCCCGUCAAUUCCUUUUCUUUUCAAGACACUUUCUUCCGGCCGGGACUUUUCUGGCGUCUGUCUGGGGUACUACGACUCCCAGCAUGCAUCGCGCCGGCCUGCCCUCGGCGGAGGAAGGGGAAACGCAGCAGCCCUGGAAGGGUGGCUGCGAGGCAAGGACUGAGCCUGCGGGCGCUGUUUUCGAUAGCGAGCUCUCGAGGCCUCCGCGAGGGUCGAGCGGGUGGAACGGCGAGCAGUGCAAACUCGUCUCUCAGAUACGCUCUGGUGUUCGACCUCCGGCCCUCAGUCUUCCACACUGGUGUCCGGGCCCAGCCUCGGCCAUGUCCUGCCAGACGCCCCUGGCCACCUCAGUGCCACAAGCCAACUGCCUAGACCUGUGGAGGGAAAAGAAUGACCAGCUAGUUCGACAGGCCAAGGUUGCUCAGGACUUAGGUCUGUCUCUGAGGCGACAGCAGUUGGCUCAAGAUGCAUUGGAAGGGCUCAGGGGACUCCUCCAUAGUCUGCAGGGGCUCCCUGCAGAUGUUUUUGUUCUCCCCUUGGAAUUGACUGUCAUCUGCAACUUCACUACCCUGAGGGCAAGCCUGGCCCAGGGUUUCUCUGAGGACCAGGCACAGGAUAUCCAACGGGGCCUAGAGAGAGUGCUGGAGACCCAGAAGCAGCUGGAGCCCAGGCUGGAACAUGGGCUCAGGGGGCUGUGGAACUGUGCCCUCCAUGCUUCCUCCUCUCUCCCUGAGCUGCUCCCCACCCUUCACCAUCUGGCUGGCCUGCAGGCUGCCCUCUGGCUGAGCACUGACCAUCUUGGGGACCUGACCUUAUUGCUGCAGACCCUGAAUCGCAGCCAGAGUGGGAUCUCUGAGGAUCUGCUGCUCCUUCUAAAAACUUGGAGCCCCCCAGCUAAGGAAUCAGAUGACCUAUUGACCCUGCAGGAUGCCCAGGGCUUGAGGAAUAUCCUUCUGACAGCAUUUGCUUAUCGCCAAGGCCUCCAGGAGCUGAUUACAGGGAGUCUACCCAGGGCACUGAACAGCCUGCAUGAAGCGGCCUCAGGUCUGUGCCCAAGGCCUGUGUUGGUCCAGGUAUACACAGCGUUGGGGACCUGUCUCCGGAAGAUGGGCAAUCCACAGAGAGCUCUGCUAUACUUGGUUGCAGCCCUGAAAGGGGAAUCAAUCUGUGGUCCCCCGCUUCUGGAGGCCUCCAGGCUAUAUCGGCAACUGGGGAACACAGCAGCAGAGCUGGAGAGUCUGGAGCUUCUGUUUGAGGCCUUGAGUGUCACUCCUAGCUCUGAAGCCCCCCAUUUUCUUAUUGAGGUAGAGUUGCUACUCCCACGACCUGACCCAGCCUCACCCCUUCACUGUGGCACACCAAGCCAGGUCAAACACCUGCUAGCAAGCCGAUGCCUACAGACAGGAAGGACAGAGGACGCUGUAGAGCAUUACUUGGACCUACUGGCCCUGUUAGAUGGCUCGGAGCCAAAGUUCUCUCCACCGCCCUGCCCCCCAGGGCCAUGUAUGCCUGAGGUAUUCUUGGAGGCAGCAGCAGCACUGAUCCAGGCAGGUCGAGCUCAGGAUGCUUUGACCAUAUGUGAGGAGCUGCUGAGCCGCACAUCAUCUUUGCUUCCCAAGAUGCCCUGGCUGUGGAACAAUGCCAGAAAAGGAACCAAGGAAUCAACACACUGCCCACCCUGGGUCUCUGCCACUUUCCUGCUUCAGGGCCAAGCCUGGGUGCAGCUAGGGGCCCCAAAACAGGCAAUUAGUGAAUUUAGCAGGUGCCUUGAGCUGCUCUUCCGGGCCACACCUAAGGACAAAGAGCAAGGGCCUGCUUCCAACUGUGAACAGGGGUGUAUGUCGGAUGUGGCACUACAACAGCUUCGGGCUGCUGCUCUGAUUAGUCGUGGACUAGAAUGGGUGGCCAGUGGCCAGGAUACCAAAGCACUACAGGACUUCCUCCUCAGUGUGCAGGUGUGCCCAGGUAAUGGAGACGCUUCAUUUCACCUGCUUCAGACCCUGAAGAGGCUGGAUCGGAGGGAUGAGGUCACUGCUCUUUGGCGGAGGUUGGAGGCCCAAACUAAGUUGCCACAGGAGAAUGCUACAUGGUCUCUUCCCCUGUACCUUGAAACCUGUUUGAGUUGGAUCCGUCCUCCUGACCGUGAAACCCUUCUUGAAGAGUUUCAGACAUCUGUGCUGGAGCCUUGUGACCUAUAGCUGCCAAGUUUUGAAGAGUCUGAGCUGGGGCCCCAAUGGGCCAUCUUUCUGUGGGGAGGGCUUUCCUGGGGGCAUGUGUUUGGAACUGACCAUUCCUAUGUAAGUCUGGCUUUGGAGAGGUUGGUGAUACUCUUGCAAAAUUUUUUGGCCUAGUUAUUGCCAUCUGGUUCCAGAGGACCCCUCUCCCCACCCAACAAGUCAUUGACUUUGCUCAUGGCACCUUUUUCCCCGUUUCCCCUUUUGUUGUGUUGAGUAAAACCUCAUUAUCUA